AUGAUAGACCAUCCCGACUUCACUGCCAGCGAUGGCAUAGGUAACACGGUUUACCCGGCCUAUACAGCCGCCCCACUGGCCCGAGAAUUGGGUAUCAUGUUUGGAUUUAUCGGCUUAUCAGUGAUAACUAUGGGGCUAUACUGGAUUUUCUGGCAAGCCGCUCAAAAACGAAAUGCCACCAAGGAAGCCGCCAGGCUCGAGGCCAUCGCGGCCCGUAGUCGUGCCCGUGCAGUUGCGGAAAAGCAGCCAAUGCGGGAUGUCAACAAUAAGGAUAGGAUCCUAGAGGAACGCUAUAAUCUCAACGGUAGCAGUGGAGAGGCUAGAAGGCUUGCUUGGAAUGAGACGAUUGCCAACCGAGUGGGAUUGGGAGAGCUGGAGGAGGAUUUGGCGAUUUGA